AUGAAUAUCUUCAGGAGUCUCUUAGGCAAAGUCUGGCAUGAUCCCAACGCGGCUGAGGUCGUGAAAAUCUCUGAAGGACAGCUAUACCUCGUCCGAUCUGGGACCAUCCGUGGUGCUCGGGAAUGCAUCUACAAUGAUGCCAUGGCCACAAUCCGCCGAGUGCCAUCACUUGAGCACAACUUCCAACUCGUGAUCACACGCGUUUUUGAAGAAGGAGACCAGGAACUGCUGGAGGACGAGGACGAAACCGAUGAGGAAAGAGUAUUCCUGAUCAGUGAAGAGCUGGAGUUCCGCAGUUCCACUGGCGAGGACGGUCCAAGCUUCAUAUGGCGAGAUCUUGAAGGAGAUAUCGAUGAAUCCUACGAGUUUGUGGCAUCCGGUACGAAUGAGCCAACGCGAGCAUUUUUCGAGACCUGCAUGUACCGGGCAAUGUACGAACGCAAGUACAAGAAGAGCGCCGACGAUACUACGGAUGCGGACUUAGCGGAGUUCAUAUACAAACCGCCUGCGACGAAGACGAAAGCAAAGUCGACAACACAGAAGAAGGCAACAGCUGUGUCGACAGCCUCGGGGGAAGCGACAGUUUCUACGACCGAUAUCUCCGUCACGCAAGCCGUGCAAGACACCUCGGCAAUGAGCCCGGCCUCAAGUCCUCCCACUGUCGUGCAGCCUCCGGCAUCCACUCCGAAACUUGAUACUGGUCUUCCAACACUUAUCUCUGAACGUGCGGAGCUUCAUCUUUGGGAUCGGGAGCAUGGGUAUUUCGUCAAGCAGGCGGACGUUACUGCACAGAUUGUGCAGAAUCCGGCAGCUGGUCCAUUCGCAUAUUGGGUAGUCGCAGCGAGCGAACAGGGCCAGCUGCUCGCACAUCAGAUCUCAUCUGACAUGAAUCAUCGAUGGUCAUCGAAGGUGCAAUCAAUCACCUGGAACCACAUCAGCGAUGAUGGUCUGCAAAGUAGUUGGUGUCUCAGAUUCGAGAGCGAGGAGGCUUUCGAGAACUUCCAGAAGGCAUUUACAGUUGCAUUGUGGGAAUUUCUGAAUCAAUAUUCAUGGGAGAAGGCCAAGUCCGAUGAACAAGCCUAUGUCAUGAGUUCGAAUCUAGAAGAUGUUGAAAUGCGUGACGUCGAGGAUGAAGAGGGUGAAGAGCACGACGUGGAGGCCGAGCUAGACCAGAGUGAAGAUGAGUCUGAGCCAGAACCGGAGCCUGAAGGAGACGAAGAAGCGCCUCCUCCACUUGCCCGCGGCGAACGCAACUCUCAACUGACGGUCGGCUACAAAGGCGAUCGAUCAUAUGUCGUCCGCGGCAAUAAGAUUGGUGUCUUCAGCCACGCGAACGAUAAUCAGGUCAAGUAUCAUGCGACAAUUAGCAACCUAUCGACAGGUAAAGUGAAGGAAUUCCAGCCCAAGCAUGUCAUGUUGCACGAUCAAGAUACAAAGAUGAUUCUUAUGAACCCCCAAGAGCCAAACUCCCUCUUCAGCCUCGACAUCGAGCGCGGGAAAAUUGUCGAGGAGUGGAAAGUGCACGAGGACGUUCGUGUCAACCACAUCGCGCCCGACAGCAAGUUCGCGCAGAUGACCCCGGAACAGACCAUCGUCGGCGCGUCGCACAACGCGCUCUUCCGCAUCGACCCGCGCAUGUCCGGGAACAAAAUGGUCGACAGUCAGUUCAAGCAGUACGUCAGCAAGAACCAGUUCUCGGGCGUCGCGACGACAGACUCUGGCAAACUGGCGGUGGCAAGCGAGAAGGGUGAUAUUCGGCUCUUUGACUCGAUUGGAAAGAAUGCAAAGACGGCGCUGCCGCCGCUAGGCGACCCGAUCACCGGUAUCGACGUCACCGCGAGCGGACGGUGGAUCGUUGCGACGACGAAGACAUACUUGCUGCUCAUUGAUACAUUAAUUGGGGAAGGACGGUACACUGGGAGCCUAGGCUUCGAUCGCAGCUUUCCUGCGAACGCAAAGCCCAUACCCCGGCGGCUGCAGCUCCGUGCUGAACAUGUUGCCUAUAUGGACCACAGUAUCUCAUUCACACCUGCUAGGUUCAACAUGGGAGAAGGCCAAGAGGAGAAUGCCAUUGUGACCUCGACAGGGCAGUACGUCAUCGCUUGGGACUUUGCGAAGGUCAAGAGAGGUCAGCUAGACAAGUAUGAGAUAAAGAAAUAUGAAGACUACGUUGUCCAAGACAACUUCAAGUUCGGUGAUGACAAGGAAAUUAUCGUCGCAUUGCAGAACAAUGUCCUCGCUGUCAACAAGAAGAGCUUGAAGAGACCCACAAGGGCAUCAAUCGGUACGCCGUCGCGAGAGCUUCGAAGCCGUUCGAGCAUCGUACAUGCGCCAUACUGAAUGACUGCUCCUUCGUGCUAUGUGUAUCCAUCCCGAGUAUCUAACGUUCGCAAACUGUCGUUUUUUUAAUCCUUCUCGCCUUUAUGAGGUGCCUCCGCUGUCGUUGUAGCUUUGAACAGAUACCACUAUUUCACAAUGUAGUAUAUAUAUAUGCGAGACGAGGACCGAAACACAUAAUCGUAGUGGAUGAACACUAGAUGACAACAUCACGAGACCAACCUUCCCUAAGCCAACAUGAAAGGAUGCGUAUAGUGAGGUAAACCAUCCGCGAUUACGACUUCCUUCUAAUUGUCUUUUGCUGUGACAUCUACUUGUCGAGGCAGGUGGUCUCCACAAUAAUGGCAGUAACCCUGUAGGGGU